AUGAAAUUGAACCCUAGCAAGUGCACUUUUGCGUUGGGAUCCGGAAAAUUCUUGGGAUAUCUCGUUAGCGAAAGAGGAAUCGAAGCUAAUCCGGAAAAGAUUAAGGCAAUCAUCGACAUGCAGGCGCCAAGGACGGCAAAGGAAAUACAACGGUUGACGGGUAGUUUGGCAGCACUUCGACGAUUCAUACCCCGCCUGGCCGAUAGGUGUUUGCCUUUUUUCGCAACCUUGAAGGGAGCAUCCACUUCACGAAAAAUUGAGUGGACGGAAGAGUGUCAGCAGGCUUUUGAAGACCUGAAAGCUUAUCUGGUUGCACCCCCGCUAUUGGCUACUGCAGGACCCGCUGAGACACUAUCACUAUACCUCUCAGCUUCGGAGCGGGCAGUCGGUGCAGUACUCAUCAAGGAAGGAAGCGCAGGACAACAGCCCGUAUACUACGUAAGCCAAGUCCUUAAAGAUUACGAGAUACGCUAUCCUCCCGUGCAAAAGGUGGUUUACGCAUUGAUCACGGCAAGCAGGAAGCUGCGACACUACUUUCAAGGCAGAGAUAUAAAGGUUAUAACUGAUCAACCGUUGAAGAAGAUAUUAAACAAGGCAGACAUGUCGGGUAGGCUGAUCAACUGGGCGGUGGAGCUCAGUCAGUUCAACAUCAUCUACACACCCCGGAAAGCUAUUAAGGGCCAAGCCCUAGCGGAUUUCGUGACGGAAUGCACAUUCGCAGAGCUGGACACUCAUCCCGAAACAAAGCACACACUCAGUGAUGACAAUGAGACUCAAAAGUCUUGGAAACUUUUCGUCGACGGAUCAUCUACCAAAGAUCGCUGUGGAGCGGGCGUCGUCCUCAUUAGCCCCGACGGCUUCCAAAUCCUGCAGGCAAUAAGGUUCAACUUUCACGCCACGAAUAACCAGGCGGAGUAUGAGGCACUUAUAGCGGGACUAAGACUGGCCAAACAUCUGCAGGCCCGCAAUAUUGCAGUUUUCAGCGACUCACAGGUGGUCGUCCGUCAGUCCACGGGAGAAUAUGCGACCAACGAUCUGGUUUUGGCGAAAUACCAAGCCGUCGCCCGCAGUCUACUUGAAGGCUUUCGCAGGCAUGAAUUACGCCAAGUUGACCGCACAGAUAACACGAUGGCGGACCUCUUAUCUCGACUGGCUGAAUCUGAAAAGGAGGCUUUAGAGUCAUCAGUAUACUUUGAAAUUCUACACGCACCAACCACAGAGGGUAGUCAGAUACUUGAAAUUCACCAAGACGACGCCACGUGGAUGACACCCGUCAUCAAUUUCCUAAAAGACAACCAGCUGCCCGCGGACAAAGACAUCGCGGACAAGGUACGACGGCAGGCCGCCAAAUACUUCAUUGAAAAUGACUGCCUAUACAAAAAAAGUUUUGAUGCUCCCAUCCUAAAAUGUAUCGACGCGGAAGAAGCGAAUUAUUGUAUGCGUGAGGUUCACGAGGGCAUUUGUGGGGAUCACAUGGCAGCAAAGGCGUUGACCCAUAAAAUCAUCAGGCAAGGAUUCUUUUGGCCUACCAUGUCAACGGAUUGCAAAGACUUCGUGAAGCGAUGUGACAGCUGCCAGAAGUUCGCCAAUAUGCCACGACAAUCACCGACACUCCCAGCGUCAAUCUUAUCUCCCAUACCUUUCGCUAUGUGGGGGAUCGAUAUCAUGGGACCGUUUCCCAAGGCAAGAAACGAACUUCAAUAUGUGAUGGUGGCAAUCGAUUACAUGACGAAGUGGGCAGAGGCCAAAGCACUCCGGCAUAUCACGCAGGAGGACGCCAUCAAAUUUGUCCAGGAGCACGUAGUCAGCAGGUUCGGUAUACCCGUAGUCCUUGUGUCAGACAACGGGACCCAGUUCGUCGGGAGAAAAUUCACCAAGUACCUAUCCGACUUAGGCAUCAAGCAUAAAAGGGCGUCCGUAUGCCACCCGCAGAGCAACGGGCAAGUGGAGGUGACCAAUAGGAUCAUCGUCCGGGGGCUAGAAAAACGUCUGCAUGGUCUAAAGAAGAAAUGGCCUGAAGAGUUGUCAAGUGUCCUGUGGUCAUACAGGACCACUGCGCGAACGAGUACACAAGAAACUCCUUACAAGUUGUCAUUCGGGACAGAAGCCCUGCUACCCGUAGAAAUUGGGUCCCCAUCACAUCGUCUAAUCCACUACGAUGAGACAGAUAAUGAUUGCGGUUUGAAAACCAACCUGGUCUUGCUUGAAGAAACACGCGAGAGGGCGGUGGAAAAUAUGGCCCGAUACAAGGAAAAAACGAAGGAAUAUUUUGCAAAGAAGACAAGGGUCAGGACAUUCACGACGGGGGACAUGGUGCUACGCGCCACAGAAGCGUCUGACCCGCGGCACACUGGGAAAUUGAUGCCGAAGUGGGAAGGACCAUACAAAAUUCGCGAGGUCCUUCGCCCUGGCUCCUAUAAACUCCAGCGCAUGGACGGAACGGAAGUGAACAACACGUGGCAUGGAGAAAAGCUAAGGAAGUUCUACGCAUGA